CUUGGAUUCUAUCGAACUGUUCCCCUCCACCCUUGCUUGUCAACUUGCAUCCUUCAAUGAAGACUUCAAAUUGUCGCUUGUCAAACGCCUUCGGCAACCAGAUUUGGUCUUUGUUCAGGAUCUCCCUCUGGACAAACAAAUCAAUACUCUGAUGAUUGAGCCGAUGCGUGACUUGAAGGACGUAUGGUCCUCGGGAAAGGAUCACAUCGUUAUUGUCCUGGAUGGCCUUGAUGAGUGCGGGGAUCAUGAGAGACUCGGGUCCCUGAUGGAACUAGUGCUUGCCUUUCAGGAGCUGCCACCGAUAUUUUCUGUGCUAGUUAGUUCUCGUCCUGAGCCAGAAGUCAUUUCAGCUCGGGAUGAAGCUCGGGCCAAGGGUCAUGUCAUACUAUGUGAAGAUUUGGAUGAGGUUGUAUGGGAGGAAGGUUUCCAGACGGUCCGCUGUAUGGUGGAAGAAGGCCUUCAGCACCUCUUUGACAAGUAUUCAUGGAAACCAGACGAGAAGGAACUUGACGCUCUCGCUUGGGCUUGUCGGGGGUUACCUGUUAUGGCAUCCAUCCGGGUCCGCGAUGCUGCCAUGCAGACACGGCGUGGCCGCACCUUACAGUCGGUGUGCUGGGAGUUGCUAAACCUCACUGAUGCACCUACCAACCUCAACUGGGAAUACUUGCGAAUUCUUCGACGAGCCUACACGCUGGAUUCAUCUGAUAUUCAUCCAGAUGUAGCCAAGAAGUACCGCUUAGUGGUUGGCGCAAUUGUUGUGGCGCACGAGCCGAUGAACGUCUCUUUUAUGUCACAGCUUUUCAAGAUUAGCGAAGCUGAGAUCCGUGCGACAUUGGAACCAAUCAGCUCCAUCGUCAAUCUUCCCUUAGAGGAUGCAGAGGAUGUGGCCUUAUAUCACGCAACAGUAAAAGAAUUCCUCACAGGGGAACCAAUUGGCGAUGAGAGGGACAAAGUAUUCUUCAUCGAUGAUGUGCAAGGGUACUUCUUUGGAUUGCCGCUCCUUCGACUCUUCAACACUCAUUGUGAGCAGGAUACAUUCGGAAUACCUACGAAUCCCCCUUUCGGAGAUGAAAGAAUAUGGAAGGAAUUUUUGAUGAAAAAGGACGAUUAUCGCGGGCGCUUCCGCUAUGUUAUUGAAUACUUGUACAAGCACUUGGACCCUUCGCAACUUUUUUCACAAGAGUCCAAUGAAUUACAGAACGAGUUUAAUUCCUUCAUCACACAAAAAUACAUCUUGACUUUCGUGCACAUAAAAGAUUCUUACUAUGUAAUUCCUGACGAAUUACUUCAGUUCGGUAAUCAUGAUUCAAUCCACCUCUUGAAAGGUUUAUGUGAGGUAGCAGCUGAGAGUCCUGCGGACACACCAUGGCAUCUCUAUCGAUCAGUGCUCCCUUUCGCCCCACCCUCAUCGCCCCUUUACAAACGAUAUGGACAUCUCGCUGAUCCUGUCCGGAUCUUCUCUGCCUUCGGCGAGUUCUCUGGUGGCACCAUUCCAUUAAGCAAGGAUCUGCUCAUCAACCAAGAGGUCAUGCAGGCAAAGUUGAGUGAACUACUGGAGGUGGUCGAUCAAUGGGGAGGUAAGAUAAUCAAUUACGAAGCUGAAUUCCAUGAACCCGAUGUUCGCAAUGGUAUUGUGACAUGCACUGCACUCUCCCUCGAUGGUUGCUAUAUUGCACUCGGAUUUGGCAGCGGAAUUAUCGAAGUGGCCGAUAUCAACCGCCAGUGCACAAUCUGUCGAUUGCAGCGCGAUCCAGCCAAUCUCCCGGCCUGGAUCGAAUUUGUACAUGGCAGCCACCGAGUCGUCACUGAGGAUAACGAAGGGAAUGUAACGAUCCUUGGCGACGGUAUGGCCCCUGUGAAUCUUGGCACUCUUCCCACCAGUCCCUAUCCAGCUGGAACCACAACCUCAGAUGACGGAUUAUUUGUCGUGCGAGCCCCACGAAAUCUCGACAGCCCUUGGUACAACAACAUGACGCUCAUAUCUGUUUUGGAAGUUCCAUCCAUUCAGCCUCUCGUAUCUCCUCCUUUACCUUCUCAACUCGAUAAUGAGGGGUUAGUCGUUCCGCGCCGUCGGACACUCGGUUUCUCCCCAGGAGCACGCCAUGUUGGUGCUUUUGAUGGGGCCCAGGCUGUUACCUGGUCAACAGAAUCAUGCCAAUGCAUCGCGGGUUAUCGGGUGACGAACUCCGGUUAUUGGAUUAUUAAUCCUAAUGUCCCUCUGACAUGCUCAUACCUUAUCCCUGAUCCUAUAUUCACUCGAGCCACUCUUCCCUUGGCAGAAGGCAACACAGCUUGUGUGCAUCAUUCUGACGCGCAUGACGAGUCUGAUGAGUCCUGGAUCAAGUGCCCAUUUUACGACCUCUCGCCAAGCAACUCGGAGGGAAUGGUUUGGCUUCACCAUUUGCCCGCCGUAACGAGAACCCCAAUAAUCGGUGUACCACCGCUCCAACCAGUUUUGUGGCUUAAUGGCAGAUACAAACUUGCGAAUAUAAACCAUUCGAUUACCAGCAAUCCUGGUAUGGUCAUCGAGUGCCAUAUGAUUCUCCAAAGCUUUACCGCCCUCAGUCCAGCAGGGAUGGGACUCGGUUCCUGGUCCAGGGAAUGUUACGGGCCCCAAUUGUCGUGGACAUUAGCCAAGUUGUUUAGCAUUUACCAGUGCACUUGUCACACUCUUGGCUAUAAGCUUGAUGACUUUUGCGCUGCAACGCUGUUUAGAAUUGUGGAGAGUCUCCGAAGCGUAUAUUCCCGAUAUUUCUGUAACGUUAGGU